AUGUCUCUCUUCGUUCUCGCCGAAACGCCGGCAGGCUACGGUCUGUUCAAGGCUGCCGACAAGAAGCUGUUGAAGCGCGAUGAGCUCACUUCUGGUCCUACCUCUUCGGAGAAGAUCAACGAGAUGCUCAAGCUCAAGUCUUUCGUCAAGUUCGACAGCUCCGCCGUCGCCGUUGAGGAAGCUGCUGGCCUCAAGGAGGGCCGCGUCCCUCCUCUGCUCGCCAACCUGCUGAAGGAGAUCAAGGACGAGAAGAAGGCCUCCCUCGCCGUUGCCGACAUCAAGCUCGGCGCUGCGAUUGGAAAGCUUCCCGAGUUGAACAUUCAGGCCGUCUCUGACGCCGCCACUAUGGACUUGUUCCGUGCCGUCCGCGAGAACGUCUCGUCUCUGAUCCCCGGCCUCACCACCGAGACCAUGGACCGCAUGGCCCUUGGUCUGUCCCACUCGAUCUCCCGCCACAAGCUCAAGUUCUCCGCCGACAAGGUCGACGCGAUGGUUGUCCAGGCUAUCAAGCUGGUCGACGACCUUGACAAAGAGCUGAACGUUUACGCCAUGCGCACGAAGGAGUGGUACGGCUGGCACUUCCCCGAGUUGGCCAAGAUCCUUAACGACAACCUUGUCUACGCUCGUCUCGUCGUUGCUGUCGGCAUGCGUUCCAACUUCGCUGAGGCCGAUCUCUCCGACAUCCUUCCUGAAGAACUUGAGGGCCCUGUGAAGACCGCUGCAGAGAUUUCCAUGGGUACUGAGAUCACUCCUGAGGAUUUGGAGAACAUCCAGCUCCUGGCCCAGCAGACCAUCAACUACUCUGAGUACCGUGCCGAGCUCUCCAACUACCUGGAGUCUCGUAUGCGCGCUCUCGCCCCUAACCUGACUGCUCUGGUUGGCUACCUUGUCGGUGCCCGCCUGAUUGCCCACGCCGGCUCUCUCAUCAGCUUGGCCAAGGCCCCCUCCUCCACCAUCCAGAUCUUCGGUGCCGAGAAGGCCCUGUUCCGUGCGCUCAAGACUAAGCACGACACUCCCAAGUACGGUAUCAUCUACCACUCCUCUCUCGUCGGUCAAGCCACCGGCAAGAACAAGGGAAAGAUUGCCCGUUCGCUCGCCGCCAAGACUGCCCUCGGUCUCCGUGUCGACGCUCUCGGCGACACCGAGGACCAGGAUGACGAGGAGGAGAGAAGCAUCCUCGGUCUUACCAGCCGCAUUAAGCUUGAGAACCUGCUCCGCAAAUUGGAAGGCAAGCCUCUCCUACCCAAGGGUGUCAGCGUUGGCCCUGACGGUCAGCUCACCACUCCUGGUGGCUUCAGCGUGAAGGAGUCCCGCAAGUACAACGCUGAUGCUGAUGGCGUUGAGGAUGCUGAGGUCAACGGCAAGAAGAAGCUGAUCCAGGUUGUCGACGAGGAGAUGAAGGACGCCGACAGCGACGAGGAGGACGAGGAUGAGGAAAUGGAGGAUGCCAGCGAAGAGGAGAAGAAGAGCAAAAAGGACAAGAAGAAGGAGAAGAAGGAGAAGAAGCGCGUCUCCAUCGCUGCGGCUGAGACCCCAGUUAAGCAGAGCAAGAGCGUCAAGGAAACGCCCGCGAAGCUCAGCGAAAAGGACUACGAGCGCUACGCCGAGGCUGCUGGCAUCAGCGUUUCCAAGUUCAAGCGCAAGUUUGAGCGUGGCGACGUCGAGCUCGGCGAGGACGGUACGCCCGUUGUCUUCAGCAAGAAGGAGCUGAAGAAGCUGCGCAAGGACGGCGAGGCGGCCGACGAGACACCAGUCAAGGCCGACAAGAAGAAGCGCAAGCACGAGGAUGAUGAGACGCCCAAGAAGGAGAAGAAGCUGAAGAAGAAGCGCAGCUCUCUUGGUGCUUAG